AGCGCUGCCUGGCCCUUCCUGCCACGCUCUCGCCGCGGGCUGGCGGCUCGCUUCUCCAGCCAUGGCGGUGCUUGCCGGCAGACGGUGCCUCCCCUGGGUGUGGCUUUGCAGGAGACCCGGGCAGGGCCAUGGUCGGCACUACAGAGCCGCGCUUUGCACGGAGCUGAAACAGCCUCUGGCCAUCAAAGAAGUGGCCCCCCGCCCUGUCCAGCCUCACGAGGUCAGAGUUGAUGUCCAUUUCUGUGGAGUUAACUUUGCUGAUAUUUUGGUCUGCCGUGGUCAGUAUCAGGAAAGGCCCCAUCUUCCCUUCAUACCAGGAGUGGAGUUUUCUGGGACAGUACUGGAGACAGGCACAGAUGUCAGCACAGUGAAAAAGGGAGAUCGAGUUGUUGGUGUGAGUGGCUUUAAUGGUAUGGCUGAAGAAUGCAUCAUAGACCAGAAGACCCUAUGGCAGGUUCCAGAAAAGGUUUCUCUACAGGAAGCUGCUGUCUUACCUGUGUCUUAUGGCACUGCAAUUUUGGCUCUAGAGCAUCGGGCCCAUACACAGCCUGGAGACACUGUGUUAGUGACGGCAGCAGCUGGAGCCACAGGACUUGCAGUGAUUGAUGUGGCAACAAAUGUGCUUCAGGCCAAGGUAAUAGCUGCAGCUGGGAGUGAUGAGAAGUGUAAGCUGGUGAUGAAGAGGGGUGCUCAAUACAGUGUGAACUACAGUCAGGAAAGUCUGAAGGAUGCCGUGAAGAAUUUGGUGGGCAGUGGUGGGGUGAAUGUGGCCAUCGACAUGGUGGGAGGAGAUGUUUUCCUGGAGUCUCUCCGCAGCCUGGCGUGGGAGGGAAGGAUUGUGGUGUUGGGAUUUGCUGGAGGAAAUAUUGCAUCUGUGCCAUCAAAUUUGCUGCUCCUGAAGAACAUCUCUGCCAUGGGCCUCUACUGGAGUCGCUACCAGCAACAUAACUUUACUGUCUUUUCCAAGAGCCUGUCCUCUGCACUUCAGUACUGCCAGCAAGGGCGCAUCAAGCCACAUAUUGGAGCCAUGUUUAAACUGGAGGAGGUCAAUGAUGCCUUCCUUCAUGUGAUACAGCGUAAAUCCACUGGCAAGGUGCUUUUAUCCCUGAAAUAAAUCCUCACUUCAGCAGCAAACUCAACAUCUCCAACUCAAAAUUCAUCAUCCUCCCUCCAAACCUCAAUUUCUUACCAACUCAUCUUUAUAAUCUUAGGGACAGUCACCUUCGUUCUGCUUUCUUAUUGCUCAUAACUUGUAUGACCAGAGAGGUUAUUGCCCAAACUUGGGCCUUUUUGAGAGUAAUUAUUUCCCAAAAAAACCAGGAUGUACAGUCUUAGUAUUCAAAAUGCAUCAAUUGCUAAUGUUAUCCUCCAUAUCAUCUUUUCUAUUCUAAUUAUAUCUCCUCAUCAGUUUCCAGUCAUGGCUGUUUUCAAAUGAAUGUCUUGCCCUUAAGUUUCUUCCAUUGUUUCUAUCCAUCUUAUACAUUAUUCCCAAAGAACAGCUCUCACUAUCUCUUGACUUGGUAAACCUUCAGUGGCAUACCAUUACCUACAUGGGGGAUCUCAGACCUUUAGAGUCAUUGCAUUAUGACUCUAACUUGCCCUUUUAAAAAACUUUCCAGCACUAUGAUCCAUCAGUCCCUAAGCACACCCUAUUUCCUUCAUUUUUCCCCCCACACAUACAGAUAUCUUUGCCAGAUAUAAGCCUUCCUUACCUCUAAGACUACAUUCCCCAUGUACCUUUAUCCUCAGGGGAGUAUAACUUUUAGCUUCAGCCCCAGGGUUUGUCACAUUCUAAUUUGUCACAGGAAGAAUCAUGUGCAGGGGAGUAGACACAGGCAUUCUAAUCCAGGAAGUGGGUUUGAAUUGCAGCUUCAUAACUAUGAGGUGGCCAUUUAUGUUCUAUACUAAUUUUCUCACUGUAAUGUAACAUGGGUAUUACAUAUCUACCUCACAGAGUUGUAAGCAACGCAUGCAAUAGUUGUGUAAAAUGCUGGAAACUGGUAAUUAUCAAUGCUGAUUCCCUUUACUUGUUCUCUCUUCUUUUCCUAAUGAAUUUUUCAUUCCUUGAGAAUGUGUUGGCUUACCUUUGUGACUUCUCACCCUUCCUACCAUAGUGAAUUACUCUUGGUAAAUGUGCAACAAAUUCAACUGCAUUUGAAUUA